GGGGCAAGCAGCUGCCUGGGGCGGGCGGAUUCCGAGAGGGCCCAGCUACCUGAGCAGGGCAGCCCCAGGGCCGGGCGGGGGCCUGGACCAGGCCUUUCCAGCCCCCCCGCCGGAUGAGCAGAGGCCAUGGCAGAGGCCACCCCAGAAGUCGCUGCGCCAGCUGCGGAAAAAGGACCACAGGGCGUGUCCUCCGACCCCACACUGAGAACGGCUUCGCUAGACAAUGAGUUUGCAGUGGACAGGAUGGUCAGCAUGCCCUUGGUCUCCUCCAUUUACGACCUGGCGCCUGAUGUCCCCAGCCACGACAGCAGCUCCUGCCUGGAAGCCACGUGCAAGGUGCCAGAGACCAAACCGGAGCCUGGUGCUGCUGCUGCCAGGCCUGCCCAGCUGGAACAUGAAUUUGAGACUGUGCCAGCCGCAAAGACCCCGAGCAACGGGCUGGGCAAAGGCCCUCAGCAGCCACCCAAGCAGGUGGUGACAGAGACCUCGGAGCCCCUGCCAUCCGAAGGGACAGACGACAUGGCGGUAGCUGCAGUGGCCUACGCCAAGGAGCCGAGCCGCCCACCCAGGGCGACCCAGGCCCUCCAAGGUGCAAAGUUUCAGCACUUUGGCCCGGAGCCUCAAAGGUGCCUAUCUGCACUCACAAUGGAAGGGCUGGAUGCCUCUGCCAUGGAGCGCCACAAGAAGGGCUGCCUGGUGCGCCUGGGGUCCCUGUCCACCAGCCUGCGGAACCGGGCCUUUAUGCUCAUUCUGAAUAAGCUGAGACUGACCCGGCAGAACACCCACGAGAACCUCUCUCAGCUCCACCAGACGAUCGACCUGGUACGAACACGCCCAGCCCUCUCCUCGGCCUGCAAACUAUCGAACACAUCCAGCAGAAGGGGCAGCUUCAGGGCAGCCAGGAGAAGCUGCGCAGCAUGUGGAAACAGUGGAACCAGAAGCAGGAAGGGACUUGGGGGCCAAUCGGCAGCAGGGAGAGCAUCUCCAGAGCCAGCAGCAGCAAGGACCACGGCCCUAGCGCCAGCAGCAGCAAGGACCACCUCCGUCAGCAGCAGCAAGGACCACCGCUCCUCCGUCAGCAGCAGCAAGGACCACCGCUCCUCCGUCAGCAGCAGCAGGGACAGCGGCUCGGCACAUCUAGAGGUGGAGUCCAAAACCUUGGAGAUGUCCCGCAGCCUGACGCAGCAGCUGCAAGCGACGUACCUGAACCUCCUGGACAACGUCAAAGACCUUCCUGUGCAUCUCCAGGAAAAGAUGCGGCAUGUGUAUGAGAACAUGGCGGAGCUGCAUGGCUACUUCUCCUCGGCCAACUCUGUCCAGGAUCUGUCCAGCAGCGUGCUGAACCAGAGCCGGGGGAAGGUGGCCAAAGCUUGGGAGGCCUUGGAUGAAGUGACGGAGUUUUUGUUGCAGAACCCACCUGUAACGUGGCUUGUGCAAUCCUUAGUUUCCCUGGAAGGAGAGCUGCUGGAGACAGAGGAGCCGGAUAUAUUGAAAGUCCUGCAACACUACGAGCCGCAGGACUGCAAAGAGGACUAGCGGGCCAGCUUCCGUGCUCAGCCCAACCAAAGCAGAGACCUCACCCUACCCCUGUACUCGGAGACUGGGUUUUACUCUGGCCCUCGUGGGCUGCACUUCAAACGUGAGGCACCCGGGUGAAAUUGCAAUAGCCAAUAAAUGGACGGCUUUGUUUUCCCAUCUCUCUUCCAA